CAAACAGUUGUUGGACUUCAACAAGCUAGCGAAUGGUAACCCUGACAAAAACAGGUCCAACGUACUUUUCCCGGAUAGUGAGAUACCUGCGAGACCGGCACCGCCUGAAUUUCCUUUAUUUAACAAUUCGCACCGUCAGCACCGGCAGGUGUAAUCAGGACAAGCAUCCCUGUCGCUAACGUUAGCCACUGAAACAUGCUCAUUUCUCGGAGUGUGACGCCUGUUUUUUUUCUCGCUGCCGCUGGUCGAGGGUUGUGAUGCGAAUCGACUUGCUGCACGACAGAGGGUGAGACAAGAGCUACGGUCGGAAAAUAUUUUCUUGACACAGAAGAAUGGACUUUAACGCUGGGAAACAGACAGAUUCACGCAAAGAAGGGGGCAUGCGACUGCACACAGGCCUGGAUAUCAUUGUUGGGCAACAACUUUAGCAAGCUAGCUAACGUUAGCUCCCUUAAUUCAUGCAAAUGAACUGGUUUAGUCUCGGGCUGUAAGCUCACUUUGCUAGCGUAAUGGAGGCACCCUGAGUGACCUGUUCAUUUUAAAUUGACUGUCCUGGUCUCGUAAAUAGUGCUGGAAAUGUGCUGACGACCAGGAAGCCUUUCAUUUGUUCCCUUUUGGAGCAAUAGGACACGGCUGGCACAAAUUAAUAGGUGGCAACUUAUUAUCUGUGGCUGCUUCACUGAUAGCCGAGAAAAGUUGACAAAUAUAAAACUAUCUCUUUCACACUGAUAUAUGUGUUUUAAGAUUUGUGCUAAAAUGCACUGCAAUUAUGUCUCUAUUUCAGCAUUGAGGGAGAAUAACCGGUGUUGUAGGCCAGUGUAGUAGUGACUAUGAUCACAUUAUCCAUUAAAACAGUACGUUAGUCAAAAUCUUGGUAUAAUUUGCUGAUAGCACUUGAAUUAAUCAGGAGUAGGAUAGCUGCACAUCUCAGAGCAUUGUAGUGAGACAGAGGAAGGAGAUAAGCGUUUUCAUGCCAGUUGGUUCCUAGUUACUGUUUAACUUUAUAUCCAGGCUGUCUGGCACAGUAAAAGACUCAGUUUCACUGGAAAUGAAAACAUGAAUAUCGAAGAGCAGUGUCUAGAUUUGUGCAAUGUCAAGACAAAAAGCAGUGUGGAUGGUGAUCACAACACUACCAACAACACAGAUGGGGUCAUUCCCCGGAUCUCAGAACUGAUGAUGGACAGUAACACAGAAAAACAAACUAUUGUUCCUACAGAGGCCUCUGAAACGUACCUGAUGCCUCAGCUCACCGUCAACCUUCAGGGGGCUGAGGAGGAUAACCACAAGGCACAAGACACACUGGAGAUUGAUGAGGUCAAUGGAAAUAGAAAGAGUAGUGCCCAAGACACCCCUGCUUUAGCAAAUCCCACUGACUUGAUUUUCUCUAAUAAUGAGCAGCAUAAGGACAAUAUUGGGGUGGAGAAAAUGAAAGAAGAUAAGGACAGUGAUCUUUCAAAGUUUGCCACCAGAGAUAGCGAUGAUGGUGCAGACAUGGACAUUGGUGUGGAUCUCAGUCUCGAUGAAAGUGGUGUGUUGGAAACUGAAUCAACAACUGACAAAUCAUUGUCAGAUAAUACCUUAGACUCAGACCGCAUGACACAUGAGGUCUCAGCGGGUACCACGGCAGAGAUUAAGUCAGAUGCAAACCAGAAGAGUAACACAGAAGCUCCUGCCAUAGAGCGGGCAGGGCUGUACCCCACAGUGGAGGAAGAAGAAGAUAAACACAAACCAAGUGGGAAAAGGGUGACGUUUCCAUCAGAUGAGGAUAUUGUGUCUGGAGCAGUAGAGCCCAAAGACCCCUGGAGACAUGCUCAGAACGUGACCGUGGAGGAGAUCCUUUCUUCAUACAAACAGGGCUGUCAGAAGCUCAACUGUAAACCCAUACCUAAAGUGCUCAAACAGAUACAGGAACUGAAAGACCUGACACAGCGAAAUGAAUGCUUAGAUCUAAAAGGUGAAAAGCUGGACUACAAGGCGUGUGAGUCUCUGGAGGAGAUUUUGAAGAGGGUCCAGUUUAAAGUGAUAGACCUGGAGCAGACAAACUUGGACGAAGAUGGUGCAUCUGCUCUGUUUGAUAUGAUAGAGUACUAUGAGUCAGCCACACAUCUCAACAUCUCCUUCAACAAGCACAUCGGCACACGGGGAUGGCAGGCUGCAGCCCAUAUGAUGAGAAAGACGAGCUCUCUGCAGUAUCUCGACGCCCGUAACACUCCUCUGCUGGACCAUUCAGCUCCCUUUGUAGCACGAGCGCUCAGGAUCAGUGGCAGCCUGGCAGUCCUCCACCUGGAGAAUGCUGGCCUGUCUGGCAGACCUCUCAUGUUACUGGCCACUGCUCUGAAGAUGAAUAUGAACCUGCGGGAGUUGUACCUGGCGGACAAUAAGCUCAAUGGCCUCCAGGACUCGGCUCAACUUGGAAACCUGCUGAAGUUUAACUACAACAUUCAGAUCCUGGAUUUACGCAACAACCACAUCCUUGACUCUGGUCUGGCUUAUGUGUGUGAAGGACUAAAAGAGCAGAGGAAAGGCCUUGUCACUUUGGUGCUAUGGAACAACCAGCUCACACAUAAUGGCAUGAGCUACCUCGCUGCUGCACUGCCAUGCACACAGAGUCUGGAGACUCUGAAUCUCGGCCAUAACUCUGUGGGUAACGAAGGGGUCCACAAGCUGAAAGACGGACUGAUUGGAAACCGCUCUGUGCUCAGGCUGGGACUCGCUUCCACCAAGUUGUCCUGUGAAGGAGCUGUGGCCGUGGCUGAAUUCAUCGCCGAAAGCCCCAGACUUCUGCGCCUCGACCUUCGUGAGAAUGAGAUCAAAACUGGAGGACUGAUGGCUCUGUCUCUUGCCCUAAAAGUCAAUACUUCUUUGCUACGUCUGGACCUCGACCGGGAGCCUAAAAAAGAAACUGUAAAGAGUUUCAUCGAGACCCAGCGUGCCCUGUUGGCUGAAAUCCAAAAUGGCUGCAAGAGGAACUUCAUUCUGGCUAAAGAAAAAGAGGAAACAGAGCAGAAGAUGAGGCAGUCAGCAUCCAUGGCUGAGAUCGCCACAGAAGAGGGAACAAGAGAAGAAGAGGAGGAACAAACAUCAGAGGAGAAAGGUGACAAACAAGAAAAAGAGGGUGAAGAAGGAGGGGGCCAAACAACAGAAAAUGAAGGAGAGACAAGUAGCCAGUCAGGAACAAGUCCUGAAACAAUUGUUCAUCAAACGACGGUGGAGUCAGACUCGGACACUGAGGAUGAGGAGGAGGAGGUGCUUUCAAAGGCCCCGUCCACCUCGGACUCCUCUCCUGCACCUCAGACCCAGACUGGGGUUUCACAGCCUCCCCUCAGUGCCUCCCAUUCAUCGCCGUCAGCCUCUCCUGCUGCAGGACCAAGUGUCAUGUCCAGCAUUACAGUCACAGAAUCCCCUGUUCCCACCGGCGCCCCUCCAUCACCAGGACGCUGUAUUUCGGUCUCCAGCCCAGGCAGGGGUCAUAAGAUCUUCAUGGUUACUCGAGUUGAGAGCCCCCCUGAGCAACAGCAGCUACAGCUUCAACCUCAGAAGGAUCAGGGACAGAUAAGUGCACGUGCAGCUUCCAGCCUGGCUAAAGACGCCUCCAUGAAACCUGCAGAAGUCGACACACCACCACAGCAGACUCAGACUGCGUUGCACACACCUACACAAACACAACUGACACAGGAGGAUGUGAAGAACAGUUCACCUGCUCUGUCUAUAGACUGUAAACUGACAGAACAGAGUCCUGUUCCACACUUAGAGUCUGCUCUACAUACUUCACACAUCCACACACUAGAGCCUCAGUCUGGGAGUCAACCCACAAAGGAUGUAACAGCAAGCACUUUAGACCCUGAAGUGACAAAUCCAAGCAUACAUGUACCAGCCCUGCCUUUAAUUUCCUCACCAGUAGAGUCUGCAGCAUGUCCCCUCACUGAGGAAGUAACAGAGGGCACUAAAGAGCCCCAGUCCAAUAGUGUAGAACAGAAGCUUUCUAAAGAAACAAAGGCUGGAGAGGAUAAGGAGCAUCUGCUAGGAGAGGAGUGUGAACAGUCUGACAGACUCCUCACAGAGGAAAUACAGCAGCAGCCAGUAGCAUCUGCACUCGAACAACAAGUGAACGAGUUAGCAUCUGCAUCAGAGCAGCCCUGCCCACUGAACCAUACAAAGGCGGAAGAGGAGGAGCAGAAGCAGGAAGCAGUAAUCAGGCCCUCUGAAGACCAGAAGAGUUUAACAGAGACAAAUGACUGCCAGCUCAUUCAAGAAGAGCUCAGUCCAAAGCCAGUGAGUGACCUGCCACAAAUAGAGGCAGGGAAACAGGAAGAACCGCAGCCUGUCGUCUCUGUCCACACUGAUGAACAGUCAGUGUCUGUGACUGAAGGGAACACACAGGAGCCCAAUCCACAAGCUGGGGAAGCCUCAGAGGAUGAGAGCUCCACAGAUGAUGGUGAGUGUUUAGCCGAGGCUCUGAUCAGCAUGGACGAGGAGGUCACAGGUACAGCUCUGCCCAACGGCCUGAAGCCUGAGUUCUCACUCCAUCUGCUGGACCCCGAGAGCCCCAAACCUGGCAGCUGCGUCAUGGAGCAUGUGAGCGUCAGCUGUGGACAGGACCUGGAGGAGCUGCUGCUAGAAGCCAGUUUGGAGACGGGGAGAGAUGCACCAUGAGGCUUUGAGGGACUAUGAGGACGGGAGGAAACAGCUCUCUGGUUGCUCUACACUGUUUUGUCAUUUCUCUAAUUUUUACCACAAACUCAACCUUUCCAUAAAGGACAGAAGACCCGGUUUUUACAGCCGAAGCUCUGUGCAAGAAAUUUAUGGAAAAGACACAAAAGACUAAAUCAAGCCUCAAGCUUGGCUGUAACAAACAAGAAAUUCUCCACAUUCACACUACAUCGACCACUGAAACACACAAACCAGUAUGUCAACACUGAAUAUGAGAAAGAUGGCAAAGGACAAAUAAAGUCACUGUUAGCACUACAUAUUUUCAAUCUGCAAUCUUUACACUUGAGCAGCCACCUGUGAGCGAGACAAGUGGGGAAGGUGGAAGGAGUAUGAAACACUAACCAAAGACAGAACACAGACCUUUAUCACACCGCUACUCGCUCUAUUGUGUUGAUUUUGACUGUCGUUGAAGAAAUUCAGAGAAUUUUUUCACCAUGCACACAUACAAAGCGGUAAUAAGUAAAGCGGGGCCCUAGUCUGAGUCCCCGCUGGUUGGACCUGCUGGCUUUAAACAAGCAGAACGUUUGUUCGACCGAUGGAAAUGAGGCUUUUAUAUCCAACGAAGCUGAAGACUUUAACGUGUCUGUUUAAAUGUCAAAGUUUUAUGUCUGUGUCCUCAGCCCGUUCCUUCAAACCUCUCCCCGGGACUAAAACUCUGUUAAGGGACCUCUGCCAAAGUGACCUCCCUCACGUCUUUCUGUUUUUUCAUCCUCUGCUCACUUGGGCCCCUCCCUCAGGAAUCAGCGUCCCCCUCCUCUGCUCAGCCCCUGUGACUCUGAUAUACGAGGAGCUGCCAAACUGCUCUACUCUUGCUACAACCAAACCGCUUCCAGGUUUGCUUUCAAAGCCUCCAAGUCGAUAAUUUGCGUCGCAGUGAAAACCCCCAAACCCGUCUGAUUUUGGUUGUUAUUCACAGUUUUAAAAAAGUAAUAAUUUUCCUUAUUCUCUGGUCUUUCGCGCUGUUAUCCAUCUGUCCGACCAGUCAUUGUGUGUGCAAUUUUUCAUGAGAAGUAGCUUGGCCUGUCGUCACUUCCCUUCUUCCACUGGUACUGUGUGCCAUCUCACCUUUCAGAUCCAGCUCCUCAUCCAUGUUGCCUUGAAAGUCACCUUGCUUUUUUUUUUUUUUUUUUGCUGCUUUAAGAAAUCAGUUUGUUUUUUUUUUAUUUUAUAGCUAUAUGACCCUUUCCUGAUUAAUUUUCCCCCUUAUCCUCCUCCUUGUUUUAAUUUUUCUUUCCGGUGGGGGUUGCUUUUAAAGAUGUCCCCCAUUUUUUGAUGUUUAUUUCAGAUUUAAACUAGAGCAAAUAUUUAGUUUUGAUUUUUUUUUUUUUUUUUUUUUUGGGGGGGGGGGGGGGGGGUUCUGUGUCAGACAGAAGAGUAAAUAUGAUUGAAUGGUUGACUAUUGGAAACAGUUGGGGUGCAGUUAUAAACACAAGGAUUGCUUUGUUCUGGAAGAGCAGCAACUGUCAUGUUUCAUGUAGUUAUAAUUCCAAAAUCUGCUGGGUGAAGCUGUGGCCACAAGGGGGCGCUGGUGUUCGUGUUUUUGUAUUUUUUUUCCCCACUGUGGAGACUGAACUUAUGGUAAUUUGACCAUCACAGAAUAAAGACACUGAUAUCUCUGCUCACGUACAACUACUGUCCAGAGUUUUCCAGAGCAAAAGUAUUUUGAGUGUCAGCUUCAUCAUCAUCAUCUUCAUGUGCGUGCGUGUGGAGAUUCACCUCUUCGCUCUCGUCUCAGUUCUCUGAAGUAAAAGCAGACAGGGGCGUGUUUGUUUUGUUUCUCAUUCUUUUGGAUGAAGCAGCAUUCGACCCUCCCGCUCUCCACCCUCGCUCCCCAACAGAUGGAUCCGAGAGCUAAAAAUCAACAUCGGUGUGCUGCCCCCCACUGUUUGUAAUGCUUUAAUUUUUAGAAAUUUUUAAUAAUAAUUUGUUAAAUUAAUUGAAAUGUGCUGGUAAUCACAAAGACAUGUAUGGCAAAAUUUGUUCUCUCCAAUAAAUGCAUGUAAUAACUAA